AUGCCUACGUUGGUGACACUACCCGUCGAGGUCAUCGCCGAGAUUCUCCGGAAGCUCCCCGACAGGGAAUCCCUCACGGCAGCCAGCUUGACAUAUCGGACACUGAAUUCUUGCAUCGAAGCCCACCGGUUCAUCACAGCGGAUGUUACUGAAGCAGAUGUAGGGGAGGCCUUGCUCUCCUACUUGACCGUUGCUUAUCUUGGCGCAUCUUUGCCUCGCCCGUUUGAGAGAGCAUCGUUCCUUAUUAGCAAUCUCUACGAGGCUCCCGAGAUAAUCAGGGCUGAGUACCAGAAUAUGCCAUUAAAUGAGAUCCGACGCAUUGGCCGUUUUCAUGACUACGUUUGCUCGCUCGUCCAUGAGUGGGCAUCCGAUUCCUGGACUCAUAUGAACGGCGAGAAAUUCCGAUGGCUUCGUGCAGUAUACCGGUUCGAGAUCUUCGUUCACUUCUUUCGGGUUAGGGGCGUAGUCGAGCCCACCCUUGCUGAGCUGCGAGACUCGUUUUUGGCCAGGCACCCUCCAUGGGAGCUUGAGCAGUUUGCAGCUGUUCACGACUUCCUGAAGGAAAGGCUCAUAUAUUCGACUCUCAAAACCGUGGGGAGAUAUCGCGCGGGGGCUUUUGGUCCAUACGAGGCCAAUUGGAAAACCUGGCUGUCCCAAGGACUAGAUUUUCUUCGUAGGGUUGAGCAGGCCGAGUCAAAUGAAGAUCAGAGAGACAUUUUGGUCACAGGUCUGGCAAAUGGCACAGCCCAACCCCGGAACUCCAUCAUCGAUUACCAGAUGGGGGUAGCAGAACGCAUGCUCGAUUCAGCUCUGCCGUACUUUUCUGAAGGUCAAAUAGAGGCCAUGAUACCUGCUGCGACAAGGAAUGAUGAUACCGACGAAGGCCCAUAUACAGCCUGGAGGCUAGCUCAUACAGGCACUCAUGACUAUCGCUGGGUUGCGAACCCGGAGAAAGAAACUCUCCGUAUGAUUGGAUAUGUAUUUUGGGACCGGGACAGAAUCGAGAGAUGGGAUCUGGAGGCUCUUUGUGGCUGGCUGAAGGAUGGCGCUGAUUCUAUAAGUACUCCUUCCGAUCAGGAGUCAACAGAAACAACUUGGCCUUCGAUGCCGAACUUUCCGACAACAUGGGCGCAAGUAUUGCGGGGACGAAGAUGGAGAUGA